AUGAUGGAAAGUCAUGUGGUCUUCUUCCUUCUGGUCGUGGUGGUGCAGUUUUUCACGGGGGUCUUGGCAAAUGGUCUCAUUGUGGUUGUCAAUGCUAUCGACUUGAUCAUGUGGAAGAAAAUGGCUCCACUGGAUCUGCUUCUCUUCUGCCUGGCAACUUCUCGGAUCAUUCUGCAGCUAUGCAUAUUGUUUGCACAACUGGGUCUAUUCUGUUUGGUGAAACACACGUUAUUUGCUGAUAAUGUUACUUUUGUCUUCAUUAUAAAUGAACUGAGUCUUUGGUUUGCCACAUGGCUUGGCGUUUUCUACUGUGCCAAGAUUGCUACCAUCCCUCACCCACUCUUUCUGUGGCUGAAGAUGCGGAUAGCCAGGUUGGUACCAUGGCUGAUCCUGGGAUCUGUGCUCUAUGCAACUAUUACUACAUUCAUCCAUAGCAGAGAGACUUCAGAGAUUCCUAAACAAGUCUUCAUAAGCUUGUUUUCUAAAAAUGCAACUCAGGUCCCACCAAAGCAUGCCACGCUACUCUCAGUCUUUGUCUUUGGGCUCACACUGCCACUGCUCAUCUUCACCAUCGCUGUUCUGCUCUUGACAUUCUCCCUGUGGAACCACAGCCUUCAGAUGAGGACGAUGGUGGGCAGCAGGGAGCCCAGCAGACAUGCCCUCAUCAGUGCGAUGCUGUCCAUUCUGUCAUUCCUCAUCCUCUAUCUCUCCCACUACAUGGUGGCUGUUCUGAUCUCCACCCAAAGUUUCCACCUCGGAAGCAGAGCCUUCGUAUUCUGCUCAGUGGCUAUUGGAAUGUACCCCUCAUUGCACUCGAUUGUCUUAAUUUUAGGAAGCCCUAAGUUGAAACGAAGUGCAAAAAUGUUCACGGUUCAUUGUAAGUGUUGUCAUCGUGUAAGAGCUUGGGUCACCUCAAGGAUCCCAAGACUCAGUGACUUGCCAGUAUCUGCUAUUCACCACGUAACCAACAAGACAUCCUGCUCAGAAGCAUGUAUAAUGCCAUCUUAA